CCCAUGUGCACUGUAAGCGAGCGACGCGUGCUUUUUGCUUCGAGAUUCGCUUCGAGAUCUGUCUGAAAUAUUAGCGCUAUGCAUUGUUUACAGACAGGACGUGAGAAUCUGAUGCACGGUGGUCUAAUAAUAAUCUUCGGGGAGAUAGUUCCCGUGGGGUCAGUAGUUAAAGGUCACAGGAGCUCGCUCUUAUUUUAUUACAUCCAACACUGGGUGAAGAGAAGAGGACUUCACUUUAUAAUAAACAUGUUCCUAUAUUAGUUUUAAGUGCACACAACGAGGGCGUUCUUCGUAGUUUGUAAACUUAUAUUUCCUCACACCUUACAGUAAGAAAGCGUGGAGAGAAUGGAAUCCCAUGCACAUGGAUCAGGACCUGCCUUGCAGUUCACAAGUGGUUUUAGUGAAGUAUCUAGACCUGUCAAGACCUUUCAUCUUCGAGACAUCUACAGCCCCAAACCAACCCCACAAAGGACCCCUGUGGCAAUAUGGCCCCCCAGCCCAAAACCAGGUCCUCCACAGGAGCCCUUCGUCAGUCUUAGGCAGUCGUGUGAGCCAGAACCAAAACCCAUCAUGAGGAGACGGGCUAAAUCCCUCUCGUCGUCCUCAGAAGAGCACACCUGUAGGAACAUGCAGGUCCGCUUCGUAGAUUCGUUAGGACUGGAACUGGAAGAUGUGAAGUUCUUCAAGGCCAGCGAGGACCCAAUGGUGCCGGUCCACGUCAUCACUAGACUGCUGGCGAGCUCUGAGCUGGCCUCCAGGAAGAAGCUGGAGCUCUCUCUACCUUACUUCCAGCCUUCCUUCCCUGACAAUAUGCAUGCCGAGGCUGGUUUCCUCAAGCGCUUGUGCCAGCAGCGAGUUUGCCUGGAGCAGGUGUUUUGCUCUGAGCUGGGAAUUAUUGGAACCGUGCAAGUGCUGAACUUGGCCUAUGAGAAAGAGGUUACGGUACGAUACUCGUUUACCGAGUGGAAGAGCAGUGCGGAGAGUAAAGCGAGCUGGAUCUCCACCGUUCACAGAGAUGGGCCAGAUCUGGAGUCGGACAUGUUUCGUUUUCACCUGCCUGUACCGCCGUUCAUCCUGCAACCAGGUGCCAUGCUUCAGUUCGCCAUCUGCUACCGGGUCAAAGGAUUUGAGUACUGGGACAACAAUGGUGGACUUAAUUAUAAACUGACCUGCCAGACGUUCAAAUUGAUGGUCCCCAGAGAGUGUGAAGAUAGCCUGGUGCAUUUCAUUUGACGCUGCACCAGCCAUGUGUCAUGCCUACAGCUAGGCAGUGCAGUCUUUACGUCUCUUCCAGAGUAGGUCUUGUGCUUAAAAUUCUUUCUCUAAAGGUGUGAUGGAUUUUCUUGCGUAUUUCUAUGCUGGAAAACUUUUAGAGUAAUUCGCUAAGGGUUUGUACAUUUUUUUUCAGUUGUGCCUUGUUAACAUCUUAUCCAGGAGUGCCAUGUGGAAUUAGACUAUUCAUUAGUCCUCUAAUGCACAAGCAGACUUUGCAACUUGCUUGUAUUAGUCCUAAUAAUGUAUUUUCAAUGACAUUUGUAUUCUUACUCAAUAAAUAAAGCAAAACAAGGUUA